CCCAACAGUUCCAUCUCUCUAUUCUUCCAAUCCACCCAAUUUUCUCUCCUCCACUCUUCGCCCGACAGUAAACAAACGGUAACAACUCUGAUUCAAAUUCCCCGUUCAGACACAACCACCAUCUCUCUACCUACCUAAUCACCGUCACUUUCCAUAACAGAGAAGACAAACUUUUUCCCCCCGUCAGGAGAAGAAAAUGAGGGAAAUCCUGCACAUCCAAGGUGGGCAGUGCGGCAACCAGAUUGGUGCUAAGUUCUGGGAAGUCAUCUGCGACGAGCACGGUAUCGACCACACUGGAAAGUACAGCGGCGACUCUGAUCUCCAGCUCGAGCGUGUCAACGUUUAUUACAAUGAGGCCAGCGGCGGCAGGUAUGUCCCACGCGCCGUCCUCAUGGACCUCGAGCCCGGUACUAUGGAUUCUGUCAGAUCCGGCCCCUUUGGACAGAUCUUCCGGCCCGAUAAUUUUGUGUUUGGGCAAUCUGGUGCUGGGAAUAAUUGGGCUAAGGGGCACUACACAGAGGGAGCUGAGUUGAUUGAUUCUGUGCUUGAUGUUGUUCGCAAGGAGGCCGAGAAUUGUGACUGCUUGCAAGGAUUUCAAGUCUGUCAUUCUUUGGGUGGAGGGACUGGAUCUGGUAUGGGCACCCUUCUCAUCUCCAAGAUCAGGGAGGAGUAUCCUGAUCGAAUGAUGUUGACAUUUUCCGUCUUUCCUUCUCCAAAGGUGUCUGACACUGUAGUUGAGCCAUACAAUGCCACCUUGUCAGUUCAUCAACUCGUUGAAAAUGCCGAUGAGUGUAUGGUUUUGGAUAAUGAGGCUCUCUAUGAUAUUUGCUUCCGUACUCUUAAGCUUGCAACGCCUACCUUUGGUGACCUCAACCACCUCAUCUCCGCUACCAUGAGUGGUGUCACAUGUUGUCUCCGGUUCCCUGGACAACUAAACUCUGAUCUCAGGAAACUCGCUGUCAAUCUGAUCCCAUUUCCACGGCUUCAUUUCUUCAUGGUUGGAUUUGCACCUUUAACCUCAAGAGGCUCCCAGCAGUACCGGGCUCUUACAGUACCUGAACUCACUCAGCAGAUGUGGGAUGCAAAGAACAUGAUGUGUGCUGCCGACCCACGCCAUGGCCGCUACUUGACUGCCUCAGCAAUGUUCCGUGGCAAGAUGAGCACCAAAGAAGUUGAUGAACAGAUGAUCAAUGUCCAGAACAAGAACUCAUCCUACUUUGUUGAGUGGAUCCCUAACAAUGUCAAGUCUAGCGUUUGUGACAUUCCACCCAAGGGUCUCAAAAUGGCUUCUACCUUCAUCGGAAACUCCACUUCAAUUCAGGAGAUGUUCAGGCGUGUUAGCGAGCAAUUCACAGCAAUGUUCAGGCGGAAAGCUUUCUUGCAUUGGUACACUGGUGAGGGAAUGGAUGAAAUGGAGUUCACAGAGGCUGAGAGUAACAUGAACGAUCUUGUGGCGGAGUAUCAGCAAUACCAAGAUGCAACUGCCGAUGAAGAGGAAUACGAGGAGGAAGAAGAGGAGGUUGCUGCUUGAAUUGUUUCUCGAGUCCCCUGGUUUGUCCAAAUCUCAUGGUCAGUUGAUUUUUAUUAGUGGGUGAUUCUAUUUCUUAAAAAUCGAGUGCGAAGCUACAAGAUUGGUGUAUUUAAUGUGUAUUUGUAUGUUUGUGGUUCCUCGUGUCUGAGAUGGGUUGUGAUAAAUGUGUAUUUUCAUCCAACGGCAAUCAUUAAUCUUUGUGGUCUUUAGAUGUUAGUCUUGUGUACAAUUAUCCACUUUUCUUUAUAGGACAUUCUUUUCUUAAUUGGA